AUGUCGACUUCCGUCACGAACCGUACACCCAAUGCACCGACCUCUCGUUUUAUCAACUAUGCGCCUCCCAAACUGGCCUCCCGCGUGACCCAUUCUCGAACGGCGUCGACCUCGAACGCGAUCUCCAACACGGCCAACACCACCAGUACGACCCUCGCCGCUGCAGCUGGUGGUGCUGCUGGCGCGGGCGGCGCGACGACGGGGACGAUGACGGCCGCGCCGAUCGGCACCAAGCGUCGAUCCCAUCUACAUAGUUUCGGCGGAUUGAUCAGGGGGGAUACACCGCGUUUCAACUUGGAAGGUCUGGAUAGAUUGACGAAUAAGAGGGAACGGAGCUUGGUCGAUGAGGACGAUCAGGAUGCGGUGCUCGUCGUGGAACCGCCGACGACGCGCGCGGCGACGGGCACAAGUUCACUGACCACGAUGACGACCGCGACGACGACGACGCGUGGCGGAUCAGCAUCGGCCACUCAUGCCCAAGCACCACCACCACGAAAACGACGCGUUCUCGUCGACACGACACAACAGGAUGGGGUCGUCGAUCUGACCCAUACUUCGAUGACGCCGGCCGAAAGCCUCGCGAGCGCAAAGGCACGAUGGGAAGCCGAGGAAGAUGCCGCGUACCGUACCAUCUUUGGACUGGAUGAUAACCCCUUGGUGUCGGAGGAUGAGAAUGGCAAUCUUGUGCUCAGUCGUCUGAAAGGUCGUCCUUCGACAAGACCUGGCACCACCACGGCCUCCACGACUACCACCACGGGCACCGGGACUACGACCACGACCUCGACCACGACUGCCGCGACGACGGUGUUAACUUCGUCCAAGCGAUCGAGGAACGCGUGUCGCCAGACCAUCGAGGAGAUCAAUUGCGACUAUGAGAUCGCGUUCAACCCGACCGGUCCGAUCGCCAUGAAAGCCGCCGAAGAUGCGCGCAAACUCGCAACAGCAACGGCCGCCAAGACCACCCAAGUCGGUGGCGGCGGCGGAGCGACUAAGGACCACAAAAAGUCGAUGCGACAGGAACGAGCGGAGAAACACGACAAGCUCGUCCAGGAGUCCGCGACGUGGAGGAGCAAGUACAAGAAGGCGUUCCCGUCCUUUGUCUUUUACUUUGAUGCCUUGGACGUGUCGACCGAGCUGCACUUGAUUCGACAAGUUGAGCGACUCGGAGCCGUGAGUUACUCUGAGCGGCUGCGCGACGGCGCUGGAAGACGUUUUGAGCUGAAUGUGCCUCUGAUGAGAUCCUUCACAGUCCGUCGACAACUUUUUCUCCAAAAAAGUGACCCACGUCGUCACGUCGCGACCUGUGCCGUCGACGAACAACAAGGAAAACUCGCCCUCCGUUACCGCCGCUUCAAAGAGUGCAUCGGCCGCAGCCCAUGCCACCAACAAUCCUGGUCCCGUAUCGAUGCAACAUGACUCUACCGCUGGACCAUUACGGACGAAGAAGUUGGCGGCCUCGAACAAGAGUCCUACGACGUAUGCGCUGCCGAACGGCCAAAAACUGAGACCGUGAGUCGCUACCUCUCUGCCUGCGCGGGCUGAGGAUUCUACCGCUGAAAGCCAACUCGUCUGACCUGUAACUCAUCCAUCUUGCGUGACAGAUUUGGCGAAGGGCUGGACAAGAACCCCUUCAUCGAUUCCCAAGAUAUCCUCUGCAAGGCUGUCGAUUUCAAGCUCAAGAUCUGGCAUCUCGACAAGAUCCACCUCAUCCUCACUCGCAUCAACUCGCACUCGCCUUCGAAGAACUCCGCCGAGACGACUCGUCCAGCAGCGGGGACCCAAGGUCUUUCCCUACCUUCGUUGUUGCGAGAUGAACAGCUUUACGGGACGCGAGAGCGCGACCCUUUCGUUCCUCGAUCCGAUAUGUACUAUUUUGGUCCCAAGAGCGUGUACCUGCUCGUCGAGGAUUCGACGGGCGAACAUCGACCGAUCGUGACGAAAGAAUACGAGCGACCUCGACGACACGAGGAUCCGGCUUGGCCUGUAUUGUGGGGCGGCGUUGAGGGCAGGGGAGGGUUCUACCACUUUGAAGGGGAGAUCAAGUACGAACGACGGAAGCCACCGGCACCCAAGCUUGAUCCUUCGACGACGUCGAGGAAUGGCAAGUCGCUCAAGGCGAUUCAGGCAAUGGGUGCCACAGGAGGUCAUGCCGUGGCUGCGAAUCGAGCAGUUGGCGUCGCUGGUGGUAACGCGGGUUCGGCCCCGAAUCUGAGGCGAUCCCUGUCGCUCCAGGCCAUGACGAGAGGAGGCAAGACGGGACUCGUCGGUGCCGACAGUCGAGGAGCGAGCGGUACAUCGAAGGAACCGGAGUACCUCGCCGCUUCGGGCAACAGUCAGAUCAUCACGUCCACGACUGCAACCUCGACGCGUUCGGGUGCUCCAGUUGGUCGACUUGGCCAUGGCGUCGUCGAUAAGCGAUUAGCAGUCCUCUCGCAACGUACCGUCACCUCCCUCGGGGGAAAUUCCACCUCCGGUGCUCGACCUGCCCCCGCUGAAUUCUCAGCGACCGGAUCUUCUCGCCAUCUCGCUAUCCCAGGCGCAGCUCUUGGCGGAAACCUCCAAGGCAAGCUAAAGCGAUCCGCCUCCGUCGAUGCCGGUCUAAACGCCCGCAUGCCCCCACCUCGCGACGAACCCAAAAAACCAGGGUACUGCGAAAACUGUCGUAUGAAGUACGAAGACUUCAAGGACCACGUCGUCGCGUCCAAACAUCGUCGAUUCGCGCAAAACCCCAAGAACUGGUACGAGUUGGACAACCUGCUCAGUUUGAUUAGUCGACCUUUGGCUGUUCAAUCGAGUGAGGAUGAGGAUGAGGAGAUGGAGGAGGACGAGUGGGAUGAGAGUGAUGCGGAUGCGCAGUUCGAAAGCUCUCAACCUUCGUCUGCGGAGGACUUCUUGGACGGGGUCGGGGAUGAUUCGGGCUUCCAUGAAGGGGUCGGGAGCGAUAGUUGUGCUUCGGAUCAAGAGGAUUAG